AUGAGUCAGCCUAUGGAUUAUUCCAGCCUGGGGCAAAGAAUCGAACUACUUAACUAUCCAAAUUUUCCCUUUCAUUCCCUUUCAUUCCUGGAUUUCCAACACCACAACAACAUCACAACAUUUUUCUCCUCCCCACCAUCCAACUACAUCGAUCAAAAUGUUACUCUACGGCUGUUAUUCCAGAUCCCUGGAAAAUAUCGUCCGACCAAUCAAUGCCUCCCCCAGGUAGGGUUAGACGUGCACGCAACACUUCUCUCGACUACUUCGCGAGCGCUACUCACUCAGACCUUCGUGAAUCCAUCCUCAACAAAGCCCAUUUCAGAAGUUUUUUAUCCUUUCCCCCUCUAUGGUGGAGCCAGUGCUGUUGGUUUUAAUUGCCGAGUGGGAGCGGAUAUUAUUCGGGGCAAGGUGCAACCCAGACAAAAGGCGGAUGAACUUUACCAGAAAGCCGAGGCUGAGGGACAGGCAGCCGCAAUCUUCGAUCAAUCAUACGAUACCAGUGAUGUCUUCGGGACUCGUGUAUGCAAAGUUCCCGCCGGUGGGAAAGUCACCAUUGAAAUCACCCUCGUGGAAGAACUGAAGCAAGAUGCUCAAACAAAUGGGCCACGAUACACAGUUCCUACGGCCAUCGCUCCACGAUAUGGUCAGCAACGAGAUGCACCGCCAGCUGCACCCGAAGGAGCCGUUAUCAAGACUGCGAUCAAGGUUGAUGUCAUCAUGGAAAAGGGCUCCACGAUUCGUAACGUUCGGUCGCCAAGUCACCCCUUCGAGUUGAACUUGGGCCGGGCGUCUUACAUGCCAGAAUCUACUUUUGAACCUUGCUAUGCCUCGGUCAAACUGCAGGAAAAUUCAGUCAUUCGAGAAGAUCCCGUUCUAACUCAAGCAUUAAUGGUCUCCCUAGUUCCAAAAUUCAGCCUACCGCCAGACCCCCCUGAAGUCGUGUUUGUGAUUGACCGAAGUGGCAGCAUGCAAGACAAGGUUGCAACCUUGAAGUCUGUCCUGGAGGUAUUCUUAAAGUCACUGCCCCUUGGAGUGACGUUCAACAUUGUCUCAUUCGGCAGUUCCUACAGCCCCCUAUGGCCUCGCAGCAAAGUGAGUGACAAAGCAAGUCUCUCCGAGGCGCUAGAGUUCACGAAGACUAUCGAUGCAGAUAUGGGAGGAACAGAUAUUCUGGCUGCGCUCAAGGCUGCAUUGGAGAACCACUACAAGGACAAGCUCCCCGAUGUCCUGCUCCUCACCGAUGGCGAGGUUUGGAACCAAGGGGAUAUAUUCACCUUUGUAAACAAGGUUGUCCAGGACAGCUCUGCCCGUUUCUUCAGUCUGGGUAUCCGGAAUGAUGCUUCCCACGCUCUCAUCAACGGCAUUGCUCGCGCAGGACGUGGCUUCUCUCAGUCAGUUCUAAAUUACGAGAAGCUAGAUAAGAAGGUUAUCCGAAUGCACAAUGGGGCUUUGAUGCCACGACUGAGAGACUGCAGAUUGGAGAUCGGGUUGUCUCCUCUGGAGCACGACGAUUCCAUUGAGAUUGAACCAGCAGAGGCAAACGAACAGCCGGCCGUGGAAGUAUCCACAAAGCCACCAAUUUAA